AUGGGGCAGGGAGUAAGUUGCAGAGUAGGCAAUGAACAUGAACUCUUCCGCUCUGUCCAAAGGGGAGAGUUGGAAACUGUGGAAUCCAUGGUUGAUGAACACCCUGCUAUCCUCCGACUCAAAACUGUUCACGGGAGACUCUCUGCACUCCAUGUCGCCGCUGCCAAUGGCCGACCCCAUGUUCUAUCUAUGCUUUUGGAUCGGUCUGUGCAUCCUGAUGUUUUGAAUCGCCACAAGCAGACCCCUUUGAUGUUAGCGGCAAUUCAUGGACAUCAUUCAUGUGUAGAAAGGCUGCUUCAAGCUGGAGCUAAUAUUCUGACGUUUGAUUCCCUGAGUGGGAGGACCUGUUUGCAUUAUGCCGCAUACUAUGGGCAUUCAGAUUGCCUGCAAUCAAUCAUUUCUGCUGCCACUUCCUCCCCAGUUGCCCAUUCUUGGGGAUUUGGAAGGUUUCUGAAUGUAAGGGAUGAUAAGGGUGCAACCCCAUUGCAUUUAGCUGCCCGUCAAAGCCAUUCAGAGUGUGUUCAUAUGCUAUUGAGUGAAGGGGCUCUUGUUUGUGCCUCUACUGGUGGAUAUAGCUUCCCAGGGAGUACGCCUCUUCAUUUGGCAGCACGUGCAGGUUCUUUGGAUUGUGUCCGUGAAUUACUUGCUUGGGGUGCUGAUCGUCACCAAAGAGAUUCUUCAGGGCGGACGCCUUAUGCAGUGGCCUUGAAACACAAGCACUGGUCGUGUGCAUUACUGUUGAAUCCAUCUGCACCUGAACCUUUGACUUGGCCAGCAUCGUUGAAGUUCAUCAGCGAGCUUAAUCCUGAUGCAAAGGCCCUAUUAGAAAAAGCUCUAAUUGAAGCCAAUGAAGCAAGGGAAAAGUUUAUUUUGAAGGGGACUCCUUAUAAAAAUUUUCCAAAUUCUGACCCUGUUGGUGAUGAUGUUGAUUCUGAGGUGGGUGAUGCAGAUGUGUGCAGUAUCUGCUUCGAGCUGGCCUGUACCAUUGAGAUUCAAGAAUGUGGUCACCAGAUAUGUGCCCAUUGCACGCUAGCCUUGUGUUGCUACAAGAAAACAAAUCCUUCAACCAGCAAUUUUAAAGCACCAGUUUGCCCCUUUUGCCGUAGUAGUAUCACUCGGCUAAAUGUUGCCCAGAAGAUUACAAUCAACAGUGAUCUGGACCUCGAACAGAGUCCAUCACAACCAAGAAUAUCACAAAAGUCUUUCAACCUCAAUGAAGGUAGCUACGAUGGUGAUCUCGAAGUUGAACACAGUCCAUCACAACCAAGACUAUCACAAAAGUCAUUCAACCUCAAUGAAGGUAGCAGUAGCUUCAAAAAUCGAUCAUCUUUGGGUUCACUUGGUAGGAUGGCUGGUAUCAGUUUUGGAAAGGCUGCUGCAAAUUGUGACAUUGAAUGUGACAAACUGUGA